AUGAAUGAACAAGAUUCUGAUCAGUCUAAUAAGGAUAAUUUUAUUACACCUUAUUACUCUGAUUCAAACUACAAUACAGUAGAUGAUGAAGAAUCAAAUUUUAAUACCACCUCCUCUUCAUUUGAAAGCAAUAAAACUGAUUUUAAUGAUAUUAUAAAUCCAGAAAACUAUCCUCUAUAUCACUCAACUUCUCUCAAUCGUCAAAUUGAUGGAAUCAACCAAUUUGCACUUCAAUCCUCCAAAUUAUCAAGUUUUAGCGAUGAAUUAUCAUACAAAAUAAAUAAAGAAUCGUUGUUAACUAAAGCAGUGAGCUAUGAAGAUAAUGUUGACUAUAACACAACUACUCCAAAUAAUAGAUUAUCUGACUCAUCAGACUAUGAAAAUAAAUCAUAUAGUAAUAAUUUGGAAGUAACAAAAUUAUCAUCGAAUCACGUUUGUGCUACACCUGUUACUAAAAAGACUAGUGCUUCACUUCUUGAUCAGUCUUCACUAUCUUCACUAAGGUUUAACUCAGCAUCAUUAAUUUCACUCCCAUACGGGUAUAACAACAACACGUUCACGAAGAUAAAAUCAUAUGAUAUUAACUACCCAAACCAGUUCAGGAAGAGGAUUAAGUACGGAGAUGUUAAAAAUGAAAUCAAAAACGUCCGGAACCACUUUCAAACUAAUGAUUAUAGUUCAGACUAUGACAUGACCUGUGACUCUCCGUAUCCCUCACCCAUCAACUCUAAAUACAUAAAUAAUGUAAAAAACGGUGUGAAAAAGUCAUUAUACAAUUUGAUGGUUCAUAAUGAAUACUCGUCAAACCCAUAUAAAAGAAGAUACCAAAGUGUGGUUAACGAACGGAGAAGACUAUUCCCAAUAAAUGAGACACUAUCCGACGUGUUUGAACACAUCUCAUUACCAGAAAGGUUAUAUAAAAGACAAAGAAGAGGGAAGGUUAAAAGAGAAGAAAUCGAAUCAGAGCCUAAAGAAACAUCCACCACAGACGAAGAUUCAACAGAAGAGAGCCAACUUAUAAAACAGGAUAAUGAACUGCAAUGUUACACACUCCCCCAAUUACAUGUCGAGUACAUGAAUUAUCUCAAUGAGCUGACCAACUCUAAUUUGAACAUUGAAACAAAUAUGCUAAACGAAUUGAAGAAUAUAUUGAAUUAUGUAAUAACCACAAGACAACGUAUGUAUGACUCAUUUUACAAUCAAAGACAAUUACCUGAUUUUGAUCAUGAUAAAUUAAAUAUUGAUAACUUAAAGAAGAUUAAGUUAUCAAUACAAAAUAUUCUAACAACUCUAAAUAAUGACCUGAUUUCACUAAAUUAUUCAAAAGGAUUGUUAAAAACAGAUUAUGCAUCCGCAAACUCUAAUGAAAGUUAUAAUCAACAUAUAGACUUCAGUUACGGAGUCAAGAGACUGAAAAGACUAUUUAAGAACGAUUUAUAUAAUGUUCUUAAAUAUUCAAGUGAUGAAUAUAGUGAAGAUUCUAGUCCCACCAACGAUUCAUAUGUUCUCUGCACAAGCCCAGCACUAACUUUCUAUAAUGGAUUUAAGUGCAUUCACGGUCAAUGUUCAACGUCGAAUUACUUAAAUGAUAUAGGUGUAAUUACUGAAUGCGAUUCAUCAUCAGGAUGCUAUGUAUGGAAUGAAAAGAAUCAGUAUUUAGAUCCAUUUAGAAUUGCUAAGAUAGGGACUUGGACGAGUAACAGUGCCCUCCCAUACGAACUUAUACAACAAAAUAAAAGAAGGCAGUUGGAUUCAACGAUUUCAUUUAUUAAAGAUGUUUGUAAGGUAGCAAUCGCAGAAAUAAGAAUACCGAAGCCGGAAUGGAGUGAGUUUACAGAAUACACAUGCCUUAAUGGAUAUUGCUGUAAGAAGUGCUGCACCUGUUUGAAAUCAACAGACCAGAACUUGAUGUACACGAGUCAUGUCCAACAUAAACCUCUAGAGGAUAAGAAUAUCAAUUUCUCAGUUGAAACUAAACUGGCAACAGUUGACCUUCUCAAAAAUGUCCUAGGAAGCUGUUCAUGUUACUGUAAAUGUAGUAGUGACGCAUCACAUGUAAUGGAUAGAGCAAUAAAUGAAGUUAAUACACACGACUGUUUGUGUAACGAGUCGAUAUCAUGGUAUGAAGUUGAGACGAACAACUUAAACUUUGAUCCUGUAGAGAAUAAGUACACUAAUGAAAACAUUGUACAAGAAAGAUUCAUUCUAAGAAUUAAACUAGAUUCAUUGCCUCUGAGCAUGAAAACUAAGGUUCCAUUUACAUGUAAACUUGAUAUUAAUUAUAAAAAAGAAAAAGAAAAUCAUAAUGUUAACGAUAAUGAGAAUGAUAAUGAUAAUGAAUAUGAUGAGGUUAGUUGUAAGAAGAGAAAAUUAAGCAGUGAAGAUGAAGUACAUGGAAACUCUACCAAACUUAGCGAUUUCAAGUUUAUAAAUGAUUUCACAUUCUGGGACGCUAUUGAAAUAAUAAAAAACGAACAGAAUGAAUUGCACCAUAAUUUAAAGAAUAAUGAAAAAUUAUUGAAAUCCAAUAUGUGCUUUGACGCUAUGGAGAUUGAUACAUCACAUGUACAGACAGAAACGAUUGAAUUGAAUGCAGAAUCAUUCUCAUUUGAUGGAAAACGUGAUUCAUACGUAGAAAUAGCAUUAUAUUUGCCAUACGUGCCAUCAACGAUAUUACCAUGGGAGUUCGAGUGCCUUAACCCAAUGGAGAUUUUAAAUUUACAACAAUCCGAUGAACACUCUAUUAAAAAUGAAUAUCAAAAGGAAAGAAUAUCAAGAGAAUACAACGUAGUUCCAAGAUCACUGAAGAAUGUGUUUAACUUUAUGAGGUCAUGGAUCCUAAGAAGAAAUUAUCUUAUCGCAAAUGAAAGAGAUUUGUACGAACAGUUUAAAGUGUACUGGAAUGAAAAAAUUAAGAAGUUCGAUAAAAAUAAAAUUGAUAUUUUUUCAUGGGGAGUACUGCCGGUGAGAGCAAUUGACCUUCCAGAUGUGUUUAUACCGUUGCCGGCAGGAUAUAACCGUAACGACAUAAGUUAUCCGUACACAAACCAGGGAACAACAUCGCCAUUUAAUGUUAAAGGGUAUGGAAUUGGAGACAUUAACUUUAAAAAGAUUAAAUUCAGCCAACUGGACCAUAAAACAGAAGAAGAAGUAAAUGAGUCAAUGAAUAUUGGGUCGAGACAAAGGUCAACUCAAGGAACAAGAAGAAAACAAACAGAAGAAUUGAAUGUUAAUAAGCCUGCAGAAGCUGAUAUUGGAAUAAGGUCAAGUGCAUAUCUGGUACAAUUCUUUAGUAAUUUGACAGGACCGAGUGUGAGAUGGACUCAUUCAUUGAUGGAUUCAAUGAAGGAACCGCUAGAAUAUAUACCUGAUUUCAAGUCACUCCCAAUAUACAAAUCAAUGAAAUGUCCAGAACUCAGUUUCUACAAGUUGGAUAAUUUGAUAAUUUAUGACAGGAAGAAUAAACUAUCAAACCAACAACAUGACGAAGACGAGCUGAACUACAGAGUAUCGCAAGUGUGGACAAAGGCGGAAGUAAAGAUAUUCACAGAAAAGUACCUGAUGCACCCGAAGAAUUUCUCUAAAAUCGCCCAAUUUCUGGAAAACAAGAAGGUCUCGGAUUGUAUAGACUUUUACUACAGAUUCAAGUACCGGCUGAAGCUGAAGAGCAAGUUGCAUGAGUUGAGAGUCAGGAAUAAAGGGAAGUUUGACAUGACGAAGAACCUAAGAAGAGAAGCAUGCAUACUAGACUCGCUCGAAAAUAUGUUGGAAGACUGCAAUACGGACUUCGUUAAGGAUUUCAAUGCCAGAAAUAAGUUGCCGUUCAACUCAGUUUCAGAUUACAUGUUAAGGUCAGGAUGUGUAGACUCAGGAAAUGAAUAUGACAUUCAGUACACCCAACAUUUUGAUCCUACUAAAGAGUUAGAACAGGAGUAUCAGUACACACUAGAUAACAUUGCAGAAGGGUACUUUUUACCGAAGAAGUACUUAUCAAUGACAACCAGAAAGUAUGUUCAGUUCCCAGCAUAUGACGCGUCAGAUGAUCAAUCAUCCGAGACAAGAAAAGGCUGUUUUGUGUUUGACUAUAACUUCAGAAAUGACAGGAACGAUGGAAAAGAUGAAAAGGAAGAGUUUGAUAUUGAAACUGAUAUUGCAAAGUCAAUGAUAGUAUCCAUUAACUCAGAGUCGUUCUUCAAUAACAGAUAUAGAGGCCAAAAGAAGGUAACAUUAUCAAAUGUAGAUAAGAUUCUGUAUCAAUUUGACGAUCAAAAUCAAUUAAUUCAAGAACCUUUGUCGCCUGACUUAUUAGAAUUAAAUUCCAAAUAUAAUGAGAAUAUAAUGCAGAUUAACGGCAUGAAGGAUGACCAUCAAUUACAUGAUAUGGAAUUACGUAGCAAGGCCAGUGACAAUACACCUAGAUACCAGGGCAUGGUGACAAGGAAAAAGGUGCUGAACAGUUAUAAAUACGCAUAUGACUCCCCAAGGACAUUCAGGUAUACACACAAGAGUAAAAUGAAGAGAAAGCAAGGAAAGUGGACCUCAGAGGAGAAGCAAAAAUAUAACGAAACGUUUAGAACAUAUGGAAAGGACUGGAGUAAGCUAUAUCAUGCGAUGGCGCCUUAUGGGAAGUCCAUGGACCAAGUGAAAAACUUCUACCACAAGAACAAUUUCAAACGAAGAUUCUAA